GCCGUUAGUGACCGUUAGUGGCCGUUAGUGGCCGUUAGUACCUAAGAUAAGAUUUUUUUGAAGAAAAAAACUAAUGAUCCACACAAACAGCAGCUAAAGUAGUUUUACUGUGUAAGAUGGAAGAUAGAAUAUAGUCUGUGUAAUGCUAUGUGAUGAUUUUCUUGGAUGCUGCACUUAACCAUAACAUACGAAAUGUCUUUCCCUAUUUACCCAUGGAAUAGUUAUGGAUUGACUUCUUUCCAAAUGGAUUAAAAUACAACCUGAUUUAUCCCACUGAUUUUAUUUUGUGGUGAAUAUCAUGUCAUCUGGCUUUGUGAAGGUUAAUGGUAAGGGUAAUGUUAUGUAAUGUAAAAUUUUGUCAUGAUGGAAUUGUUGUAUAACAUUGUAAAAUUUAGUCAUGAUGGAAUUGUUGUAUAACAUUGUAAAAUCAGUCUUUGUUGGUAAUGUCCAACUUCAUGAGGUUGAUGUUGAUGGUAAUGUCCAACUUCAUGAGGUUGAUGUUGAUGGUAAUGUUGUACAACUUAAUCAACCAACUGUUUGAAGCAGGUGCCAUUGACUGAUUAAAAAUAGGGCAUGUUAUUAGUUGUGAGAAAACACUGUCUGCGAGCCAGUGGCCCGUCAGACUCGUCUAAGUUCGGACAAUCAAGAUUUGCUUCGCCUUGGCUCAAACAAAUUUCUGCUCGUUUGUCUUAUCUCCCCCGUGACACAACUCUUCUUUUUCAAAAUAUAUUUUUGAUAAACUUUGGGACUUCUUUUUUUUUUUAACCUGACAUUGCUUGGUUGUUAGGAGGAAAGCAAAGGUCGCAUGUCUUGGUGUUAUACUCAGAAAGUUCAAAAGAACCUAAGCUGGCAUUCCUGCACAUAUUUUCAUUUUUGUUAUGAAUUGCUCAUCACUGUGCCACAAGGGGAUAUACCAUUGAAAUGUCUGCAGAGAAUGUCUUGCAUCCUGAGUUUCUGAUGUUAAUUUGUUGUGUAUUUAUUGUUUAUAAGCACACAGAAAUUGUGUAACCUUUGACCCUUUGUUUUGUGAAUGUACUUAAACUGUUACCUUGGUAACUGCUCCAGUUCAAUUUUCUUUAAAAAAUUCAACAUAUCAUUGGGUUAGAAAAUGUAGAAAGACAUGGUGUGUUAAAGCGCUUCGUUGUUUAAGUCUACCUCCAAGAGGAGUUUGUUUUAUAUGCCAUGGUUUUGUCCUUGCACCUUGACCCAACAAGAUAGGAUGUAUUUUAUGUGCGCACCUAGACCCAACAAGAUAGGAUGUAUUUCAUGUGCGCACCUAGACCCAACAAGAUAGGAUGUAUUUUAUGUGGCACCUAGACCCAACAAGAUAGGAUGUAUUUCAUGUGCUAUAUCCUUGUACAUCAUUAUCAGAGUGCAUGUGGACCUCUAGAGUUCACAAUGUCCUAUCAUUAUGUAGGAACACAUAAACAAGUUAAUCAUUAUUAUUGUUUUAUCUACUUAAUAAAGACUGCAAUAUCUUAACAAUGUCCCACAAAACAUGUUAUUUGUAUCUAAUUAUAGACAUGUUAUUUGUAUCUAAUUAUAAACAUGUUAUAUUGUAUGAUUUGAAUUUUAUGCAAAUGUUUUAAAAGCCAAAUAGAAUCAUUAAUUUCUAUGUCAAUUUUACUAUGCUUAAUCUUUUUGUUUGAGCAUUCUCUACUUACAGCCAACUCAUAGACAUGUUCAGACAUGUUAGAUAAAGUAGAACUUUUCAGAAAAGAACUAGGAAUAUUGUAUUAAAACAAAGCAGCACUUUUCAAGUCCCCAUUGAUUCUGGUGGAGAACAAAAUCCACACUUUGGUUAUACUACUGCAAUGAAGCCUGUAUUGAAGCUAUACUUUAAAAAAAAAAAAACUUCAUUAGGGGUUCUUAAGUUGUCUGUCUCAGCCUCAUUGUUAAAACUUAUCAGGGUCAUUUACACUAAAAAUUUGGUAUUUAAUAAUGCAGUCUUGCCUAUCAUUAAUUUGUUUAUAAUCUGUUCCAAUUAUUCUAUUUUCCAUUUUAAUAUUUACAUGUCUCCCAAACAUUCAGUUCAGCCAUAUUUCACGCGCCCCUCACUAAGACUGCUGCCAGCAGGAAAUGCUUCCGUUUCUUCUGGACUAUCUCUCACCUUUUGUUUCAUCUUGUCUGCAAGUACUGGGCUAUGUCACACCUAUUGUUUCAUCUUGUCUGCAAGUACUGGACUAUGUCACACCUAUUGUUUCAUCUUGUCUGCAAGUACUGGACUAUGUCACACCUAUUGUUUCAUCUUGUCUGCAAGUACUGGACUAUGUCACACCUAUUGUUUCAUCUUGUCUGCAAGUGCUGGACUAUGUCACACCUAUUGUUUCAUCUUGUCUGCAAGUACUGGACUAUCUCACACCUAUUGUUUCAUCUUGUCUCCAAGUACACGCUUGUAGAACUUUGGCUUAUUGGUGAAUUUUUUUUUUAAUCAUUAAGUUAAAAGACAGGGUAUUUGAAAUGACAAAGAAUGUCAAAACAUUGUUUUAUUGUGAUUAGCUAAUGGAAAGACUAGUUGUCACAGUUGCAUAUUCUUAUUAAACAUGUACGUAACAUUUCUUCUGGCCAUCCCCCACAUUUUUAUAAAGACUGUUCCGUGUCCCAGUUGGUCAUGGUGAACUCACUUUUAUUUCCUACUAUGGGUAGGCUAAGAGCUUUGUGGAAACGUGUGCUAUUUUAAUCUAUGCAAAGUUCAACAGUAAAGUCAACUUUAAAAUGUUUCUGUCAUUUCUUUCAAGUUGGUCUAAAACCACUUGACAAGUUUAUUAGCUGGAGCUGAUUUCAAUUGAUUCUUUAAGAGAUGUUGUUUUUGAUGUGACCAGAUGUAAAUGGCUUUUCUGGUGUAAUAAAGACUUAAUUGGCUUAGUCCAGAAAAACAGCAGACGCCGUCUGCGCACUACUGCGCUGUACUUAAGCAACAGUUAUGACAGAGGCAAAAAACGAAACCCUUCCUCUGUGGCACCGGGUCAUGUUUCGGACGGAUUUAUACCUGGUCUGAUCAUAACGGUGUUAUGCGUUGUUACAGCUGAUGAAUGUUGCGUCAUUGUCAGAUGACUGACAAGCUUUGAGCACCAUUAAUUCAAUGUUGUUGUGUUGAGGAACAUCGAAGGUCUAAGCUAACCUAACCUUUGUCAAGAUGUGUUGUUAUGAUUCAUCGAGGCAUUUACAUUUGUUGACUGUUUGCUCACACAGAAGAAAAGCCAAGAGCAAUAUUCAAUUCUUAAAGUCUUCCUACAGCAGUGGUUCUGAAACUGGGCUUAAGAACCCUUUUCAUUGUUCGUGGACAUUAAAGCGAAAAUUUUCAUAAACAAGGGAAAUAAUUAAACAUGCAUAAACAAGGGAAAUAAUUAAAAACGUUUCUAAACUUAAACAAAAAUGGGUUAACCAUACCGACUCCUGGAUCUCAAGAAUCAAUAUCUCUUAGGUUUAAGGUGUCAACAAAAUAGUUGGUGGCUUUGUUCAUUUUUUUUUUACAAGUAGCCGAAAUGAAGUUUGUGAACUUGAAGGAUAUUUUGAUAAUAGCAUUGUUAGUAAUUCAACUCUUUGAUAUAUUUAUUUGUUAGCAGAGAUGCACCUGUAAGACCAACAGACAACCUGAAUAAUCUUAUGAGUGGACAGUGCACCCCAUGAAAAACAGACAAACAUCUGACAGACAGCCCGACAACAGACAGACAGACAGACCGACAUCAGACAGACAGACAGCCCUGUAACAUAUUGCUCAAUAUUAGCCAGAUUUUUUUAAACCCCAACUUCUCAAAAUUUAGAUGUGAAAAUGGCACCUUUGAUUUUGUUUUGUCUUGAGACUCCCUGCUAAAGGUAUGAUGAUGAUGCCUUGAAAAACUAUGUGAACCCAUCAUUUAGGUAUGGUAAAUCCUAGAUUUAUUGAAAGGCCAUGUUUAGUUGCAGCAGGUUCUUUAAAAGAAACUUUUUAAUGAAGAUAAGUAAAGGGAUUAGAUCUAUGCCUGGUGGUCAUGUGUGAAAUCCUGAAAGGAAUAACUUGAACCAUUAGCAGGAAUAGGAAUUUUAAAAUGAUUCUUUUGAUAAUGGUGUGCAGUGCAGUUAACUCUGUCUGAGACAUUCACCUCCUUUUUUGUAUAACCACCUCAAACAUUGGUUAGCUACCCCAUACAUUGUAAAGCUACCCCAUACAUUGUAUAGCUACCCCAUAAAUUGUAUAGCUACCCCAUACAUAGUAUAGCUAAACCAUACUUUAUAUAGCUUCCCCAUAAAUUGAUUAGCUACUCCAUACAUUUUAUAGCUACCCCAUGCAUUGUUAGCUACCCCAAGCAUAGUAUAGCUACCCUUUAAAUUGUAUAGCUACCCCAUACAUAGUAUAGCUAACCCAUACAUUUUAUAGUUAGCCCAUACAUAGUAAAGCUACCCCAUCCAUUAUCUAGCUACCCCAUCCAUAAUAUAGCUACCCCAUCCAUUAUCUAGCUACCCCAUCCAUAAUAUAGCUACCCCAUCCAUUAUCUAGCUACCCCAUCCACAGUAUAGCUACCCCGUAGUUUGUAUAGCCACCCUGUACAUUGUAUGUAACCCUAAUGACAAGGAGUGUACCAACCAAAGCGAUGCCCUGAAAAACCACUAACUGCUGAUCAUCACAGUUUCCAUCAAUGUUGACAUAUAUCAAAUGACUUGUUCUUUGUGUACCAAUGGGACAUUUCAUGAAGGCAUUUUAAGUUCUUUGUUUAAAUGACUUGUUAUUUGUGAACCAAUAACACAUUUUAUGAAGGCAUUUUAAGCUCUUUGUUUAAAUGACUUGUUAUUUGUGAACCAAUAACACAUUUCAUGAAGGCAAUUUAAAUUCUUGUUUUAAGUGCCUGCACAUUUUUAUUUAUUAUAAAGUCAUUCUUCCCCUGAGGGACACCUUCCAUAGUAAAACAUUUUUUGUACUUCAUUUAUUUGAACAUUCUUGGUUACUGGAUUGUUUAUUCGAGGUUAAAUUUUGUUCAAUAUUAUUUCUCAAUUAUGUACUCAAUCAUUUAAAACAUGUGACCAAGACAAGUGUUUCAACAACUGUAGCUUUAAUUCUAUUUUUUUUAAUUUUUUUUUUUAGAAAGGCUUUGUAAAUUGUUUCAGCCCGGUUGUUAUAUUGAUUUAAACUGAUAUGAUUGUUUCUGUUUCUGGAGCCAGGCUAUUAACAUUUCAGUUCAUUUGGGUUUAUCUAUCUCUUCUCUGUUGGACUAUUUGGAAUGUAGAAUGUCACAUGAACUCAACAAGACAUUUUUUUUUAUGAACUAGAAUUAGCAUGUUGGUACCAUUGACUUCAUAGAAUAAUUCUUAACUCUAAAGAAGUACCAACAAUCUGGGUCAUAUGAGAAUGUUCCGUAACUCUAAAGAAGUACCAACAAUCUGGGUCAUAUGAGAAUGUUCCGUAACUCUAAAGAAGUACCAACAAUCUGGGUCAUAUGAGAAGGUUCCGUAACUCUAAAGAAGUACCAACAAUCUGGGUCAUAUGAGAAGGUUCCGUAACUCUAAAGAAGUACCAACAAUCUGGGUCAUAUGAGAAGGUUCCGUAACUCUAAAGAAGUACCAACAAUCUAGGUCAUAUGAGAAGGUUCCGUAACUCUAAAGAAGUACCGACUUUUUGGGUCAUAUGAGAAGGUUCCGUAACUCUAAAGAAGUACCAACUUUUUGGGUCAUAUGAGAAUGUUCCGUAACUCUAAAGAAGUACCAACUUUUUGGGUCAUAUGAGAAUUUUCCGUAACUCUAAAGAAGUACCAAUAAUCUGGGUCAUAUGAGAAGGUUCCGUAACUCUAAAGAAGUGCCAAUAAUCUGGGUCAUAUGAGAAGGUUCCGUAACUCUAAAGAAAUACCAACAGUAGACUGCAACUUUUAAAGCGAUAUAUUUUCUUCAUGGCCCUACAGCCCUCAAUUGGUCAAACGUUCACUUUGGUUUGUGGUGUAUAUAGUAGUAGCGUUGUAGUGUCGGCUGUUGUUUGUAGCUAACUACUUUGGGUGAUGUACACUUAACAAUGAGAACAUUAUAUUUUUUUUACUCCAGUGGCUCUCAAAUUCUUAUUCUUGUGGAAAGGCUUGUGAAGCAAUAAUUUAAUUGUAUGUUUUCCCUUCGUGCAUGUUGUGUUCCAGAUUCAUUUUUGUUGUCGUUUUGUUUACAAAGUGACGCAGUUACAAACGAAUGGCAUGCACUUUUAAGUUGAGGUGACCUUAUGGUCGAUAUCACGUGGUGUCCCCAAUUCUGUGUGCUCGUCUUCGGGGUCCAUUUUGUUCCACUUUAGAAAUGGUGAACGUGAUACGUUCUUAUCUGUAACAUUAUUGAUGACGUAGCAUUGGUGAACGUGAUACGUUCUUAUCUGUAACAUUAUUGAUGACGUAGCAUUGGUGAAAGUGAUACGUUCUUAUCUGUAACAUUAUUGAUGACGAUAUUUAUUAAAAAUUUAGAUGACACCUGCAGAUUUUGUUACUUUUUUUCCACCAUUAAAAAAAAAUCAGCCAUUUAUUACGUCAUUGUCAUGUUCUGUGAAUAUUAAACAAAAAGAAAAGCUUUUUUUUUUUUUCAAAUUGACAAUAUCAUUUAGAAACAGUGAACUGAAAUUGUGAGCCCAUCACGGUCAGGAAAAAAGACCUUCAAAAUGUCUGUCAAUCUGGAUCUCACAGCAAGAAGAAGAUGUCUCCAAACUGUGUCAAUCUGGAUCUCACAGCAAGAAGAAGAUGUCUCCAAGCUGACUUCCUUCGGAGAUUUUGAUGUACAUUUAUGACGUAGAGGUUUACUGUUUGUUUUCAAUGAAUCGUUCUACAUACAGUAGAUAAUAAUGGGACAGUACCAUUGUAGAAAUGUAAAGACAGAAAGAACAAUACCACAUCUAGUUUUCAAGUAAUAAUUUAUUUAUACUAUUGAUUCUGAUGUAACAAUGCAACCUCAAAAAUAUAAUGAUACCAAUACAAAGAUGUACACUACGUGAAGUUGCGUAAUACUGUAGUUAACUACUUUACCGGUACGUGAAGACGUUUAAUAUCGGUACUCAAAUAAAGUACAGCAAGGUUUCUCAAAUCUAAAGAAGUACCAACAAUCCUUAGCCUUUUAAUAUUCAAAUAAGUAACAGACUACAACAGCAUUAAAGAGGCUCAAGAAAAUAUGGAAUGACAAAAAUAUAGCCUCAAAAUUAGGCUGAUGCGCUCAUUAGUCCUCUCCAUUUACCUGUAUGCCUGCUAAUCCUGGACAUUAACAGCUGAUCUUGAAAGGAAAAUAAAGGAUAUGGAGAUGAUAUGCUUCAGAAGCAUUUUGGGCAUCUGCUAUUGGGACCAUAUCUCCAAUAAUACAGUGAAAGAAAGGGUUCGUCAGGCAAUAGGGGAGUACGAUGACCUACUGGUGACUGUGAAAAAACGGCCACGUAACAAGGAAACAAGGACUUGCCAAACAAAUAUUGCAGGGCACCAAAAGAGGAGGGAGAAGAAGAGGAAGACAAAGAAAAAGAUUGGAGGAUAACAUCAAAGAGCGGACAGAACUAACACUGGGCGAUGCUGUGCGUAGUGCAGAAGACAGAGACGAAUGGAGGAGGAUGGUUCACAUGUCAUCUGUGGCGCCCCAACGGUCCAAGGACUAAGGGACAUGAGGAUGAGGAUGAUGAAUAGUACGUCCAGACGUGUUACCCUCAAAUAAAUUACAGAACAGUAUUUGAAAAUGUGUAAUACGCAAAUAAAUUACAGUACAGUAAGGGAACAUGUUUAAUACUGUACUAAAAUAUGUUACAGUUACAGUAGGUCUACAGGUGGCAGUCGACCAUCUUAUUUAUAGUCAAGGUCUUUAUAUUUUCCAGAAUGGAAGUUCUUAAAUGUCAAGGGUCUGAGAGUAUUAUCUAUCUGUAUAGAACUUUUCAGUGGAGAUCAGUGAUCAGCAAACUUUCCAAAUAAAGGAGGGGACGAGGGGGGGGGGAGACUUUGAGUGGGGGUGGGUGGUAGAACAUUGCUCCAAGUUAAUUUGGCAGCGAUACGAAAAAUUCACAAAAGGGAAAUAACAGUUGUACGCUUAAGCCUAUAACAAUAGACUUUGUUCACUUACACGCCACUCCCGAGAUCAUAACAAUAGACGUUGUUCACUUACACGUUUUAAAAGCCAUAACAAUAGACUUGAUUGACUUAUACCCCACUCACAAGGCCAUAACAAUAGACUUUGUUGACUUACACCCCCUCCCUCACAAGGCCAAAACAAUAGACUUUGUUGACUUACACUCCAUCCCUCACAAGGCCAUAACGAUAGACUUUGUUGACUUAUACCCCACUCCCAAGGCCAUAACAAUAGACUUUGUUGACUUACACUCCAUCCCUCACAAGGCCAUAACAAUAGACUUUGUUGACUUACACCCCAUCCCUCCCAAGGCCAUAACAAUAGACUUGUUGACUUUUAACCCAGUCCCAUGGCCAUAACAAUAGACUUUGUUGACUGAUACCCCACUCCCAAGGCCAUAACAAUAGACUUUGUUGACUUAUACCCCUCUCCCAAGGCCAUAACAAUAAACUUUGUUGACUUAUACCCCACUCCCAAGGCCAUAACAAUAGACUUUGUUGACUUAUACCCCACUCCCAAGGACAUAACGAUAGACUUUGUUGACUUAUACCCCACUACCAAGGCCAUAACAAUAAACUUUGUUGACUUAUACCCCACUCACAUGCCAUAACAAUAAACUUUGUUGACUUACACUCCAUCCCUCCCAAGGCCAUAACAAUAGACUUUUUGACUUAUACGCCACUCCCAAGGCCAUAACAAUAGACUUUGUUGACUUAUAACCCACUCACAAGACCGUAACAAUAAACUUUGUUGACUUAUACCCCACUCCCAAGGCCAUAACAAUAGACUUUGUUGACUUAUACCCCACUCCCAAGGCCAUGACGAUAGACUUUGUUGACUUAAACCCCACUCCCAAGGCCAUAACAAUACACUUUGUUGACUUACACUCCAUCCCUCACAAGGCCAUAACGAUAGACUUUGUUGACUUAUACCCCACUCCCAAGGCCAUAACAAUAGACUUUGUUGACUUACACCCCAUCCCUCCCAAGGCCAUAACGAUAGACUUUGUUGACUCAUACCCCACUCCCAAGGCCAUAACAAUAGACUUUGUUGACUUCCACUGCAUCCCUCACAAGGCCAUAACGAUAGACUUUGUUGACUUAUACCCCACUCCCAAGGCCAUAACAAUAGACUUUGUUGACUUACACCCCAUCCCUCACAAGGCCAUAACGAUAGACUUUGUUGAUUUACACUCCAUCCCUCACAAGGCCAUAACGAUAGACUUUGUUGACUUACACUCCAUCCCUCACAAGGCCAUAGCGAUAGACUUUGUUGACUUACACUCCAUCCCUCACAAGGCCAUAACGAUAGACUUUUGUUGACUUACACUCCAUCCCUCCCAAGGCCAUAACAAUAGACUUUUUUUUGACUUAUACGCCACUCCCAAGGCCAUUACAAUAGACUUUGUUUUCACUUAUACCCCACUCACAAGACCGUAACAAUAAACUUUGUUGACUUAUACCCCACUCCCAAGGCCAUAACAAUAAACUUUGUUGACUUAUACCCCACUCCCAAGGCUAUGACGAUAGACUUUGUUGACUUAUACCCCACUCCCAGGCCAUAACAAUAGACUUUGUUGACUUACACUCCAUCCCUCACAAGGCCAUAACAAUAGACUUUGUUGACUUACACCCAUCCCUCCCAAGGCCAUAACGAUAGAAUUUGUUGACUUAUACCCCACUCCCAAGGCCAUAACAAUGGACUUUGUUGACUUACACUCCAUCCCUCCCAAGGCCAUAACAAUAGACUUUGUUGACUUAUACCCCACUCACAAGGCCAUAACGAUAAACUUUGUUGACUUAUACCCCACUCCCAAGGCCAUAACAAUGGACUUUGUUGACUUACACUCCAUCCCUCCCAAGGCCAUAACAAUAGACUUUGUUGACUUAUACCCCACUCACAAGGCCAUAACGAUAAACUUUGUUGACUUAUACCCCACUCCCAAGGCCAUAACAAUGGACUUUGUUGACUUACACUCCAUCCCUCCCAAGGCCAUAACAAUAGACUUUGUUGACUUAUACCCCACUCACAAGGCCAUAACGAUAAACUUUGUUGACUUAUACCCCACUCCCAAGGCCAUAACAAUAGACUUUGUUGACUUACACCCCAUCCCUCACAAGGCCAUAACAAUAGACUUUGGUGACCUACACCCCAUCCCUCCCAAGGCCAUAUCAACACACAACGUUCUUCUCUUUAUGUCAUGUUUUUCGAUUCAAGCUUCCCCAUGCCUUGUUCUUCUACUAUUUAAGAUAACAGUGUAUGUCAAUGUUGACUUAAAGACAGACAAGGUUUGCUGUCAGGUCAACACGACGGCAACUCCAAGGCUCUACAAACGACUCGACUCAGAGUUUUUAUCCUGAACCAUAUUUCCCCACCCUAAGUGGAUCCAGAAAGUGUUGGAAGUCAGAGAGGAACUUUGUUCAUGAUCUCAAAAUACUGAGUCAUUGAUUUAUUUGAUGGGUAUAGAUCAUCCCUUACAUAAUGGCAUAGUUAAUCCCAUAAUACGUAAUGGUAUAGUUCACUCCUUACAUAACGGUAUAGUUCAUCCCUUACAUAAUGGUAUAGUUCAUCCCUUACAUAAUGGUAAAGUUCAUCCCUUACAUAAUGAUAUAGUUGAUCCCUUACAUAAUGGUAUAGUUCAUCCCUUACAUAAUUGUAUAGUUCAUCCCUUACAUAAUGGUAUAGUUCAUCCCUUACAUAAUGGUAAAGUUCAUCCCUUACAUAAUGGUAUAGUUCAUCCCUUACAUAAUGGUAAAGUUCAUCCCUUACAUAAUGGUAUAGUUCAUCCCUUACAUAAUGGUAAAGUUCAUCCCUUACAUAACGGUAUAGUUCAUCCCUUACAUAAUGGUAAAGUUCAUUCCUUACAUAAUGGUAAAGUUUAUCCCUUACAUAAUGGUUUAUUUCAAUUGAGGUUCUUUUAGAGGUUAAUAAAUGUUGUAACCUGGCUGAAGAGCCCCCCCCCCCUCCCACCUCCAACACGCACACGCAAACAAGUAAUGAAUUUAAAAAUGUUGCCACACGAAUGCUACACCUCUGUAAAUCAAUAGUCUAGAAACUAAUGAUUCAAAAGUUAUGUUUGGCGUCUUGUCCUCAGUGGCGUAGCUGAAUCAUGAAUCAUUUGCGUCCCAAUUCUAUAGGCUACCUGUACUAAAACAUAGAGCCUCACCCUACACAAGUUCUAUGUGUCCACUGGUUGCACAACUGACUGGCCAUGAGAGCUAACCGCAUCACUCCCUUGAGAGAACGCUCUGGAAGCCAGGCCAGGUCACCGCCACCACUGUCCAAUAUGUUGACCUUGUUUAGUUAAUCAGUUAAGUCCUUGCUUAUCUUAUUUUAGCCCAUUUCUUACAUUAUUGUAGGGACAGUAACCGUGGGUUGUAGAGAAGCGACAGAUGCACCAAGUUCUAGACAAGUGAUGAUUGACUUACGGGAAUUGUUCAUUUUUCUUGUGGGAGCCUUGUGUAAGUUCACUAAAUAUUCUGUAAUUGGUUACACUUAGACUGCACAUACAUAAGACGUCUUGUCUCGUGAACAAAUAAAUCACCGCUUUGAAAUGUUAAAAUGUUAUGCUGAAACCACUUUCCAAUUUUUCAAGUUAGACUCGGUUGAAAGAUAUAUUGACUGUCAGCCGAGAAGGGGUGACAACCGUCCGUCACUUGAAAAAUUAAAAAAAUACCAAAAAAAAAAAAAAAAAAAAACACCUUUCUGUUUUUUUUUAAGCUAAAAAAAAAAAAAAAAAAAAAGAUUCAACUUGUAUGGGUUCUUUCGUGUAUGAUCAUAAUCUUGGGAAAGUAAAACAUACAUGAUAAUACCAUACAUUAAACUAACACUAUAGCUGACAAUGAAUUAUAUACUUCAUAUAUAAUAUAUAUAUAUAUGUAUAUAUAAAUCUUUUCCAUAGUGUUUUUAUUAUUUAUUUUUAUAAACAUUGGUCGUAACAAAUAAUUUUGACCAGAUUUGAAAGACAAAAUCUAUUCAAAUGUUCAUCAGUACAUUUGAUGGAGUUGGCAACCCGUGUCCCAAGCCAGGGGUUGUCAGAUAUUUUGAUAGAGCGAGUAAGACACUGAGUUAAAACAGGAAAACACAAGAAACCAACCAAAUUAUACUGAAAUUAUACAGCAGACGACUUGGCGUAUACUUAAGACUUACUGUCCAUUUACGCUAAGCGAAUUGAUCGUGGGCCAUUUAUAAAUAGAAGAAGAAGAAUAAACGUUUGAUGUUUGCACCAAAUUAUAUUUCAACUCAAUGCAAUGCUUGUAAAGAGUUUCAAACACGCCUUAACCUCAUAUAUAAAGCUUAAACUAUGCACCACAACACCGGACUACCACAACACCAGACUACCACAACACCAGACUACCACAACACCAGACUACCACAACACCAGACACAAACACCAGACUACCACAACACCAAACUACCACAACACCAGACACCAACACCAGACUACCACAACACCAGACUACCACAACACCACACUACCACAACACCAGACAAAAACAACAGACAACCACAACACCAGACUACCACAACACCAGACACAAACACCAGUCUACCACAACACCAAACUACCACAACACCAGACACAAACACCAGACUACCACAACACCUGACUACCACAACACCACACUACCACAACACCAGACACAAACUACAGACUACCACAACACCAGACUACCACAACACCAGACACAAACACCAGACUACCACAACACCAGACUACCACAACACCAGACUACCACAACACCAGACUACCACAACACCGGACUACCACAAGACCAGACUACCACAACAUCAGACUACCACAACACCAGACACAAACACCAGACUACCACAACAUCAGACUACCACAACACCGGACUACCAAUACACCAGACUACCACAACACCAGACUACCACAACACCAGACUACCAUAACACCGGACUACCAAUACAUCAGACUACCACAACAUCAGACACAAACACCAGACUACCACAACAUCAGACUACCACAACACCGGACUACCAAUACACCAGACUACCACAACACCAAACUACCAUAACACCAGACUACCACAACACCAGACACCACAACACCAGACUACCACAACUUUAGACCACAACACCAGACUACCACCACACCAAACUACACCACAACACCAGACUUCACCACAAAAUCAGACUUCACCAACACUAGACUACCACAACACCAGACGACCACAAUACCAGACUACUACAAAACGAGACUUCCACAACACCAGACUACCACAACACCAGCCUACUCCAACACCAGACUACCACAACACCAGUCUACGACAACACCAGAUGGCGACCACACCAGACUUCACCAACACCAGACUGCACCGGCACCAGACUACACCACAACACCAGACUUCAGUACAACACCAGACUUCACCAACACCAGACUUCACCAACACCAGACUACACCGACACCAGACUACACCACAACACCAGCCUACACACACACCAGACUACACAAACACAAUAUAUUUACAACAAUAAAAAAAAACAAAAAAAAACAAAAGAUUAGCUGCGAAGAGUAUGUAAAUUCUUCACCAAGGUCACGGGUCACGGGUCACAUGCCAAAUUGGCUACCGGAUCUGAAUGAUGAUAAUGAAACUCAUUGUCUACGAAUUAAUAUUCACCUAACUUUAUAAAACGCAUACAAAAAACCACUAUGUCAAUCAUUUGUUUAAACCAAAUGAAACACAGUUCUAGAAAUGAGAGACAAUUUCAGGUAGUUUUCUUUUCACCUCUCUGUGGGUCAAGGGCAGGUUAUCCAAAGGGCAAGUUGACCAGCGUGUCCUCACUGCGCAUGCUCAAGGAUCAUGAAACAGACUUAUGUGUGGUCAUCGUCUGCUUUACCCAGGCAGGUUUGCCACCGUACCUGUGAUUAAUGCCCCGAUGGGUCUAAUCCUGUAGACGGUGUGAGACUGUAUUGCUGCGUUCUAACUUUCUAACCCUCAAAGCACGCUAAGUUUGGAACCUUGAACUCAAUGAGGGAUUGGGGCAGAGUGAUAGCGUUGAUUAAGUUGGGGUAAGAAUUUGGGAGUUGAAUGUUGGGAAUCAGGGAGGAACCAUCAAAUAUUAUGCAACUCCUUUGAAUGGUUUGUAUAGAAGGAGGUAAAGCGUUCGACCACUUAUGUUAGCGUAUAUAUAAUAAUUGACGUAGGCCCUAUUCUUGAAUGAUGUCUACAAGGGACAAUAGAUAUUAAGCAACAUGCCAACAGAGCAUCUUGCUGACUAAACUUAAGACAUCAAUACUUGAUCUGUUCAUUUUUGUGUGUGUGGCCAUUGAAGAGUUAUUUUUACCGGCUACAACGUUUGAGCACAACACCCAAAUUACAAGACCCAUGCUAUUUUCCACCAAACUGAUAAUUUGAAUAUCUUAAAUUUUUCAUAAAUGUCUGACAUUUCUCCAUUUAGCGCUGUCCCAUGGGGUGGCCCCCUACCAUGAUCCCCACUGUGGAGGGAAGCAGGUGAUUGUCCACUUGUUUGAGUGGAAAUGGACUGACAUUGCCAAAGAGUGCGAAAGAUAUCUUGGACCAAAAGGAUUUUGUGGCGUCCAGGUCAGUUGAAAGAUUUGCUAGUUCGAUAAGUUAUAAUGCAGCUUCACUUAAUUGAUCGUCUGUAACACAAUGGCAGAUUGGUUUAAAAAGGAGGGGGGGGGGAGGGGUGUGAUCUUUGUGAUCACUUACCUUCCAGAUAUUGAUAAUAUAGGAUACCAUGUAAGGGACUGCGUUCAAGCCUGGCAAAGUAAAUAAUGGAACAAUAUUUUUUAAGGGUUGAAAAUAAAAAGACUUGACAAUGACGAUGACGUUUCGGCUAAACGCCUUCGCCGGCAGACAAGAGGAAAAAAAAUACAAUACAAAUAAUCAGAAAUUUAAAACGUAUGUGUUCGAAGAUUCUGUUCCAAAUGUAGUUUUUGAAGUAUAAUAUUUUUGAAUAUAAAUAUUGUUUAAAGAAGAAUUUAUAGCUUUAAAAAAUGUAAGGUAAUGGAAUGGUUAAAUAAAUGUAAGGUAAUGGAAUGGUUAAAUAAAUGUAAGGUAAUGGAAUGGUUAAAUAAAUGUAAGGUAAUGGAAUGGUUAAAUAAAUGUAAGGUAAUGUAAUGGUUAAAUAAAUGUAAGGUAAUGGAAUGGUUAAAUAAAUGUAAGGUAAUGGAAUGGUUAAAUAAAUGUAAGGUAAUGGAAUGGUUAAAUAAAUGUAAGGUAAUGGAAUGGUUAAAUAAAUGUAAGGUAAUGUAAUGGUUAAAUAAAUGUAAGGUAAUGGAAUGGUUAAAUAAAUGUAAGGUAAUGGAAUGGUUAAAUAAAUGUAAGGUAAUGGAAUGGUUAAAUAAAUUUAAGGUAAUGGAAGAAGGCGUUUAAUCUCCUUAAUAAGGAAAAAAAUUUUGCAUGUUAAAAAAAAAAACGGAUAAACUAUAUUUAUAUGCAUUCAGUGAUAAAACAAGCCAGUCUUUUCGGCAUAGUAUGUGUCUCCGCCCAUGGUAAGUCUUGUAAUGAGUUCUCUUUUUUUACCUUAGAUUUCCCCGCCUAUGGAGCACACCAUGAUUACCACAGACGGCGACCGCCCCUGGUGGGAGCGCUAUCAGCCAGUCAGUUACAAGCUGGUCAGCAGAAGUGGAAACGAGGCGCAGCUCAAAGACAUGGUCCAAAGGUGUAAGGCGGUCGGCGUCAGGUACGAUGUCGCAUAUGAUAUAUGAUGUAUGGUAUAAGACAUAUGGUAUAUGAUAUAUGCUUUAUGUUAUAUUGUAUAUGAUACAUAAAAAUGAUUUACAAUAUUUGGUAUAUGAUAUAAGGAAUCUGAUUUAUGGGGUAAUUUCUUUCCUACACUUUGGUGUUGAGUUCCCAUCAGCUUUCAGCAGGACCUACUGACGGGGGUCCGCUCUCAGACGACAGUCAAGAGGUGUAAGACCAGCCGGGGGUAAAUUUAAUCUCAGACAUUUUGAGUUAAAGGGAAGAAAGUGAAAGUUAUAGGUAAUACAUAAAACUAGGAUGGUGAUAAUUGUGUCAAAUAAUCGAAAAUAUUGUUUUGGUUGAGUAUGGAGUCGGAAUCGAAAAGUUGAUCCGAAUCCUUAUAUCAUGUAUUCCUACCUCCCACCCCCACCCCCUCCCCCUCCCAUUGGUUUAUACAAGACAGUGUAGGGGAAUGGAAAUUAAUGGAAUCCUCUUUACCCCAUUAUGUUAUUCAAGCAUAAUAGAUUAUCUCAGGCGUUUAGACAAUUUUAAGAUAUCACGUGACCGGGACGUCAUUGCGAAUUGAGGAUGAGACUUUGAAAUUUCCCCGAACUUUGUGGUGCUUUAUUAUUUAAAUUAAUAGAACAGUUUGAGAUCCUCCCCACAGUUUGAGAUCCUCCCCACAGUUUGAAAUCCUCGCCACAGUUUGAGAUCCUCCCCACAGUUUGAGAUCCUCUCCACAGUUUGAGAUCCUCCCCACAGUUUGAGAUCCUCCCCACAGUUUGAGAUCUUCCCCACAGUUUGAGAUCCUCCACUGUUUGAAAUCCUCAACUGUUUGAGAUUCGCCCAUAUAAAGGAGGGGGGAUUGCACAAUAUUUGUAAAACAUUUAGUGUCUGUCAGAUCUUCGCUUAAGUCAGUAAGAUCUUCUCUUGCGUCAGUAAGAUCUUAUCUUGUGUCAAUAAGAUCUUCCUUUGCGUCAGUUAUAUAUUCUUUUCGUCAUUAAGAUCUUCUCUUGUAUCACUAAAAUCUUCUCUUGUGUCAGUAAGAUCUUCUCUUGCGUCGGUAUGAUCAUCUCUAGUGUCAGUAAGAUCUUCUUGUGUUUCAGUAAGAUAUUCCCUUGUGUCUGUAGAUCUUCUCUUGUGUCAGUAAGAUCUUCUCUUGCGUCAGUAAGAUCUUCUCUUGCGUCAGUAAGAUCUUCUCGUGUUUCAGUAAGAUAUUCACUUGCGUCAGUAAGAUCUUCUCUUGCGUCAGUAAGAACUUCUCUUGUGUCAGUAAGAUCUUCUUUUGCGUCGGUAAGAUCAUCUCUUGCGUCAGUAAGAACUACUCUUGCGUCAGUAUGAUCUUCUCUUGCGUCAGUAAGAUCUUCUCUAGUUUCAGUAAGAUAUUCUCUUGUGUCUGUAGAUCUUCUCUUGUGUCAGUAAAAUCUUCUCUUGUGUCAGUAAGAUCUUCUCUUGCGUCAUUAAGAUCUUCUCUUGCGUCAGUAAGAUCUUCUCUUGCGUCAGUAAGCUCCUCUCUUGCGUCAGUAAUAUUUUCUCUCACGUCAGUUAGAUCCUCUCUUCCUUCAUCGUAAAAACCUAAAUUUUAACAUCCCAUAUCCUCUAAAGUAAGUUUCUACCACUUUGAAUAAAGACCACAUUAAAAACAAUUUAAACGCUGUCACAUAAAGAAAGUUAACUAAUUGAAAAAAAUAUAAUUUAUUGAUUCAUAAAAAGAAUUGUAAAAAAUAAAUAAAAAUAUGCUCCCCGCGGCGUUGCCUCUGUAAAAAAAAAUAUCAUAAAUUUGUGAAUCUUUCAUAGCGUAUUGUUAUUGCCAGCUUGAGAAAUAAAAAUUGCUUUUUCAAAUUACUUUAUAGUAACUUCGCAUUUGUUCGUAUGUUCCCGUCAUUCUAUCGAACUAAAACUUGGCGCUUAGACUCUUUGCCGAUGACAUCGCAUUCUGUCAAAUUUUCAGCCCCGCGCCCCACCCUCCAAAAAUCUGUUUUUUUCUGUAUUUUAAGGGGAAUGUGAAGGAAAUAUGAUGCCACUGAUAUCUGAAAAUGAAAUUCCCGAUAACUGCGUUGAAUGAGAUUCUUUUUUUUUUUUUAAUAUCGCAUGUGUGUUUGGUGCGUACUUCAGAAAUAGUUGGUGAAGUAACUCUGCGGCAUAAAAGCGGUUGGUACAAUAGAAUAUUGAUAUAAUAACAUUUAAAAUGUAUUUAAAAGAUUUAGUCAAAAAACUUUGUUUUUAUUUGUCUGUUUUUUUUUGUUUGUUUUUUACAAAUUCUUUUUUCAUACUUUAAAGUCCGCUGUGCAAUAUUUAUCUCCAUAUGUUUAUAUGACAGAGUUUACGUAGACGCUGUCGUGAAUCACAUGGCUGGCCUUGGGCGUUCCGGGACCGGCACGGCUGGCAGCCAUUUUGAUUCCGACGCCAGAGACUUCCCGGGAGUGCCCUUCACCAUAGAGAACUUCAACGACAGGAGCGACUGCCAGUCUCACGAUGGUAACGUGAACAAGUAGGUCCCUGCUCCCCCUUGUCACCGUCUCCGUGGCGUCUAAGUUAACUUUCAACCAUUUUGCAUUUUCUCAGAGUUUUUGUCGACGCCGUUGUCAACCACAUGGCCGGUCUCGGGAGGUCAGGGGUCGGCACGGCCGGAAGUACUUUUAACUCGGAUGCCAGGGAUUUUCCAGGUGUUCCGUUCACGAAAGAGAACUUUAACGACAGGAGUGACUGCCCCUCUGGGGACGGCAACGUGAACAAGUAAAUCGCAUUGCUUAAAUGUAUUUGUAGGUUCUAGUUUCUAGGGCAGACUGCAGGGGAUAAUCCACAAAGGGCAGCCUGGUGGACAUGAUCCACUAAGGGCAGCGUGCUGGACAUAAUCACAAAAGGGCAGCCUGGUGGACGUAAUCCACAAAGGGCAGCCUGGUGAACAUAGUCCACACAGGUUGCCCAUAUUCCACCGAUAAUUUGUUGAUAUUUUCCUAAGAUAGCCGUUUAAAAGGAAGUAGUUUUUUUUUUAAAAUCACUCAAUUGCUUAUUAGAUUUUGUCAGUACAUUAUAAUCCAGCCGCUCACACCCCCUCCCCUGUCUAUGUAUUGUAUGACUUUGUCAUUUUUCUGGAUGGCCACGACGUUUAGAUUAAUGAACACGUAUUGAAACUACUCAUUAUCAACAGCAUAAAAUCAGCAAAUUAAGUCUAUACGUCAUCUCUAUUUUGAUGCAGACAGAUAUUUCACAGCCGAGACGACAGUUAUGAUAUGUCAGCCAAGUAGGCAAUACACAUUUAGGCCUAUUAAGAGUUUCAUUGGCCAGUUAAGAUGACGCAACACAUGUAAUCAUAGUUUCGGUUGUGAGUUAUCGGAUAUAUUAAUUAUACAAAUUCCAGUACACGUCUAAAUAAAUGUCUGUUACGUUAACCCCAUAAGGAAAAUGAAUUAGUUUUUUUUUUCGACAAUAAGGUAGAUGUUAGCUAUGCUUAUCUUCCUAAUUUUCUCAUGUUAUUUUGAAGAAAUUUUGAGGUGAAAACACGUGACACAUUUGCGUCUAUUGCCUCAGGCCUUCCAACCCCCAGUGCAUGAUACCCUCACAAAGAAGCCCUUGCAACCAGUGAAAUAUCCUCAUUAACAACAUACACAUAAACAUAGCAAAUCCCCUCUACAUGCACGGGGAUACAAAAAUGAUCAACAAAUUAAUCGUGGGCCCUUAAUAUACAGAAGAAGAAGAAAUCUCAUGUAAAUUUCAUGUACGCUUUUCUCAUUUAAGUCAAUGCUAUUUUAUCUUUCUAUUUAAAUGUAAUGUUAGAAUGUUUUCCCAGUCAAGAAACUUUCGUGUGCCCUUCUUGUUGCCAAACUCUACCACAUCGCUCGUGAAGACAAUUUUCUUUUGAUGUUCUACCUCUAGCUACGGUGACCCGAAAAACGUCAGAAAUUGCUACCUUGUGGGUCUGACCGACUUGGACGGUAGCCAGGCUUACGUCCAGGACAAGGUCGCUGGCUACUUCAACCACCUCAUCGAAAUUGGUGUGGCUGGGUUCCGUGUGGACGCCGCUAAACACAUGUGGCCAAAGGACCUGGAAGCCAUUUUGACCAAGGUAUUGAACAUGGUAUUGGUUUGCUGUACACUUUAAAUACGCCACCAAAUACUGCCAGGAUUUUACACCUACAUUACUUUUCAUCAUCAUCAUGUCCCUUAGUCCUUGGACAGUUGGGACGCCACAGAUGACAUGUGAACUAUCCUCCUCCAUUCGUCGCUGUCUUCACAAAGCACAGCAUCACCUAGUUUUAGUCCCUUCCACUCUUUGAUGUUAUCUUCCCAUUUUUUUUUGUCUGUCUUCCUCUUCUUCUCCCCCCUCUUGUGGUGCCCUGCAAUAUUUCUUUGGCAAGCCCUUGUUUCCUUGUUACGUUUCCGUACAUUACUCUUAGAUUUGUUUAUAAGAACAAUCUUAGAUUUCCCUGAAUAUAAACAAAACAUUAAGUAUAUUUGUUUUGGAUCUUAUAAUUCUUGAUUCAUAUUAGCGUGAUGUCACACUAGCUGGCUCUUACACUAGCUGGUUGUUACACUAGCUGGCUGUCACAAUGGUAGUAUGUUGCAGGAGCAGGAUGUUACAAUAACAAGAUGUUACACUAGUAGCAUUUCAUUUAAAAAAAUCUCCAUUAUCAUUAGGAUGUCACAAUAGCUGUCUGUUACACUAGCUGGCUGUUAAACUAGCGGGCGGUUACAUUAGCAGAAUGUCACAUUAGCAGGAUGUCACAUUAGCAGGAUGUUAAACUAGAAUUAUGUUGUUUUGUUGUUUUUUUUUAAAGUAAAAGACUUUCAAUACUCCUGUGCCACUUAAAGUCUCCGGCCGACUCGCCUAUUUAUACAAUUUUCAUAAUUAUUAUUUUACCUUACGUUGUGUAUCAAUAGACCCAUGACCUGCCCGAAGGGGGGCGACCAUUUUUCUACCACGAGGUCAUUGACAGAAAUGAUGGUGCCAUUAAAGUGGACGAGUACUACCAUCUUGGCUACGUCACAGGUGGGCUACCCCCUUUUCAACGGUUUCUUGUUUGCACUGAGAGAAACAUUUGAUCAAUUACCAAUAUGAAAACAAUAUUGUCUUUACCAAAGUGAAAAAUCUUAAGAUUGAAAAGGCGGAUGUAAGGUUGGGCGGGAGGGGGUCGGGAGGGGGUGGUAACACCUAAUACAUUUAGUCACUUACAAAAUGAAAAUCUUAAAUAUCAGUUUUGACCAAACAUUGGUAUCAAUUGUCUAUUUUUUACUGCCAGAGAGUUCUGUAGAGAUUAACAAUUAGAGCCACGGAGAAAAGUUUUUGUAAUCAAAUUGCGCUUCAAAUUGUACUUCAAAAGUGUACUUCAAAUUGCACUUUAAAAGUGUACUUCAAAUGGUACUUUAAAAUUGUACUUCAAAUUGUACUUUGAAAUUGUACUUCAAAUUGUACUUUAAAAGUGUAUUUCAAAUUAUACUUUAAAAUUGUACUUCAAAUUGUACUUUAAAAUUGUACUACAAAUUGUACUUUAAAAUUGUACUUCAAAUUGUACUUUAAAAUUGUACUUCAAAUUGUACUUUAAAAUUGUACUUCAAAUUGUACUUUAAAAUUGUACUUCAAAUUGUACUUCAAAUUGUACUUUAAAAUUGUACUUCAAAUUGUACUUUAAAAGUGUACUUCAAAUUGUACUUUAAAAUUGUACUUCAAAUUGUACUUUAAAAUUGUCCUUCAAAUUGUACUUUAAAAGUGUAAUACAAAUUGUACUUUAAAAGUGUACUUCAAAUUGUACUUUAAAAGUGUACUUCAAAUUGUACUUUAAAAUUGUACUUCAAAUUGUACUUUAAAAUUGUCCUUCAAAUUGUACUUUAAAAGUGUAAUACAAAUUGUACUUUAAAAGUGUACUUCAAAUUGUACUUUAAAAGUGUACUUCAAAUUGUACUUUAAAAUUGUACUUCAAAUUGUACCUCUGUCUUACUAGUCAGGUGAACUUUGUCCUUUUCCAGAGUUCAGGUUCCCACAAAAGGUCAAAGAAGGUGCAAGUGGCGACCUUGGCCGUCUAGGGUCAGUCUAUGACCCCGGCUGGGGAAUGGCUUCUCCCGACAACGCCUUUGUUUUUGUGGACAACCAUGACACCCAGAGGGGAAACGAGGCUCUGACCUACAAGGUCAGUGUGACAUUAACUAUUGAAUGGGGGUCAUCCAUAGAAAAGAUCACAGGAAAAAAGGAACAGAAUAAACUUUUUAUUAACCGUAAUUUUCUUUGUAAGUGUAUAUGAAUAAUACUAUUUUUUUCUUUUGACUUUUAAUCCUAUAAUCCCACCCCCCCACCCCAAACCCUAAACCCCACCACGUGCACAUAACCAAAAGUUCUGUUUGCAAUAACCAUCACUACAUUAUGAAUUUCGAAUUUGCCAUUUGACAAAGUUGACAUUCAUUAUGCCUACUUCAAAAAUUACGUUAGGCUCAGUUCACACGAUCAAAUUCCUUUCAAAUUUUCGUUCAUACAUUGGAUGAAGCCUUGUCAAACUUUCAAAUCUCAACUAUCAAAUCACAACUUUCCAAUCACAACUUUUAAAUCACAACUUUUAAAUCACAACUUUCAAAUCGCAACUUUCAAAUCAAAACUUUCAAAUCACAACUUUCAAAUCACAACUUUCAAAUCACAACUUUCAAAUCACAACUUUCAAAUCACAACUUUCAAAUCGCAACUUUCAAAUCACAACUUUUAAAUCACAACUUUUAAAUCACAACUUUCAAAUCGCAACUUUCAAAUCAAAACUUUCAAAUCGCAACUUUCAAAUCAAAACUUUCAAAUCACAACUUUCAAAUCACAACUUUUAAAUCACAACUUUUAAAUCACAACUUUCAAAUCGCAACUUUCAAAUCACAACUUUCAAAUCACAACUUUCAAAUCACAACUUUCACAUCACAACUUUCAAAUCACAACUUUCAAAUCACAACUUUCAAAUCGCAACUUUCAUAUCACAACUUUCAAAUCACAACUCUCAAAUCACAACUUUCAAAUCACAACUUUCAAAUCGCAACUUUCAAAUCACAACUUUCAAAUCACUAUGUGAUCAAAUUCUCAUUUGUGUUUAAAAAAAAAAAAAAAAAAAAGAAAGAAAUUACCCACAAAGCAGUGCGUUCAUACAAAAGUUUGACGCUGCUUUGAAGCUAAUUUGAAAGGAAUUCGAUCGUGUGGACUGACUUUAAACUAUGAAUGCUUCAUGUCAAUGUGUCUUGCCAAAAACAGAAUGGCGCCGAGUACAAGAGAGCCGUGGCCUUCAUGCUGGCCUACAACUACGGGUUCACCCGUGUCAUGUCCAGCUACUACUUCACUGACAACUCGGCCGGGCCACCUCGUAACUCGGACAUGUCUGCCAAGGACGUCAUCAUUAAGUCGGACGGCACCUGUGACAACGGAUGGGUCUGUGAGCACAGGUGCGUUCUGGUGUCAAGGCUUUGGUUAUCAUGGUGUCUAGGUCGUCAUGGUGUCUUGGUCAUCAUGGUGUCUAGGUCGUCAUGGUGUCUAGGUCAUCAUGGUGUCAAUGCCAUGGUCAUCAUGCUGUGAAUGUUCGUUAAGUUCUUUAGGUACCUAUGUCAUUUCUCAACUUCAAAUAUCGACGGGGAGCUGAGCUGUGGGGUGCAUUACUCAUAUUAUAUUUUUAAUGCCAUCCGUCCGUCGCAAUGUGACGAUGGUGCAGACGCGUACGACGAAAUCACAUGGCCUGGGAUUUUUAUUUUAGGACUAUUAGCUGGUUCCCUAGACAUAGACAGAAAAUCGGCUCUGACCACGCACAUGGGUAACUCAAAGGAAUACCAUAUGUGGAUAAUACAGCUUGGCACCAGUAGCGUCGCAGGAGUUGUCGGUAAUUUCAUUGUGUCAAUGUAUCCGCCUGCGGGACUCCUUCUCCAGGUUUCGAUUCAGAGUUGCCUUCUCUUAGAUGAGUUGCCAUCCAAGGUUAAAGUGUCCCAUCUUCCUUGAGUACUUACUUGUCUUGGUCUUUGGUGGGGAUUGUACUCCAUAUUGUGGCGCUGGGUGGCCGAGUGGUCUGAACCGAGUCUUAUUUUUAAAAAAAUAUGCAUCCAAUUAUUACCGUUUUGAUUACCAUUGAUAAAUAAAGUUAUUUGAAUUGUUUUUAGGCACCGUCACCCAUUAAAAUAAUUAUAAAAAAACAACUCCCCACAACAGGUGGAAGCCAAUCGGCAACAUGGCCAUGUUCAGAAACGCUGUGGCUGGCACCAGCGUGGACAACUUCAAGUACGACAACGGGGUCUUGACGUUUAACAGAGGCAACAAGGGAUUCUUUGCCAUGAGUGUCAACAGCUUCAGUGUCUCUGUCAACACAGGUGAGGUAAACCAACAGGUGUGGUGUCUCUUUCAAUACGGGUGAGUCAUUGGCAGUUUAAGUGUCUCUGUCAACACAGAUGAGUAAAUCAAAAGGUUUCGUUUUUCUCUUAAUACAGGUAGCUUAAUGUGUGUGAACCUUGUAUCAUACCACUUGUCACAGUUCAUGAACCGAUCGAUUAUUUAUGAUUAUUUAUUUUUUAUGAUCCACUACUUUACUUAUGAGCACCAAGAAUAUCUAAAUUAGAGAAAAAAGUUUUGUGUGUGUCAUAGUCCACUAGGAAACUGUCGCUCCUUUGUUGUAAUUAUAGAAACAUAAAUAUUUCAUAUUCAAAUUUCUAUUGAUAACAUUUAUAGUGAUACCAUUUCCAUUGAUAACAUUUCUAUUGAUCACAUUUCUAUUGAUCACACUUAUAGUGAUUAUACUUCUAUUGACGAAAUUUCUCUUAAUGAUCCUUAAUUUCAACACAAUCCGGCCACGUAACUUGCCAAUUAAGAUUUUUGACCAGUUUAUGCUAUCUACGUAACUUCGCUGACUUUCAUAUGAAGUAAAUCUCAAUGUUACUAUUAGCCUGUUUGGCUUCCCCAUUUGUAGCAAAUCAAUGGUUACUUUUCUAAAAGCGUGCUAUCAAGUUAAUACAGCAUGAAUUUGAUCUCGAAUUAAAAAUAUGAAUUAAAUGUGAUCUCGACAAACACAACAACUAAUGAAAUCUCAUGCCUGUCCAGGUCUACCCGCUGGCGAGUACUGUGACCUGAUCAGCGAGUGUGCUCAGAAGAUUAGAGUUGACGGCAGUGGACGCGCCCAAGUCAGCCCCAAGGAUCCCAGUGAUCCCUUCGUGGCCAUUAUUGCCCGUGAGUCUCUUAAACGUGUACAUUCCAAAGAUCUUUUUGGAUUACAUACGAAAGUAUUUUUAUUAACCUCAUGUAACAGUAUUUCUUUUAAAAAAAUUCGUGGAACAAAAUGCCAAUGACGUCAUUUCCUGCGUACUUAAAUGUUUUUGUUUCCAGAGGGCGGUGACAGCAUUGUCGUCCCGGUGGUGACUGACAACCCCAAUUCCAACCCCAACCCCACCAACGCCCCUGUCGUGACGGGCCCCACCCAGACCCUGCCCCCGUACGUGCCGUCUGGAUCAGAGGACUUCCAGAGGACCGUGAUCUUGGUGGAGAAGCAGACGAAUCCAGGACAGGACCUUUUCAUCAGGGGUGGGAUCGAUUACGGCCAAAGAGGAGGUAACUCUCUUUUGAGCAGCAACCAAAUAAAAAUGUGCACGCCUGAAGCAGAGAUUUUAAGAAACGAAAUAAAUACCAGGUUUAAAAUAACGUAUGGCAUAAAAUUAAUAGAUUAAUGAAAUGUUUAUCUGCAACUUGAAGGCCAGUUAUAAAGCUGUGCUGUCUUUGUAUUGUUGUUCUUCUUCUUCUAUAUUUUGAGGGCCCACGAUCAAUGGAUUGAUCAUUCUGGCUCCUAUGUUUGCGCUUCUAAAAACCUCCCAACAGUGAUCAUAGACGUGGACGACUCUUAACUUCCAACAUUGUAUUUUGACUUCCUUCAUUAUCUGUUAGACAAUGGGAAACAAAAUAUAAAUUUAUAAUUUUUUGCUUUGGCGUAAAUUUCUUUAAAUAUGAAUCCACUACAAGAAAGGUAUAAAAAAAAAAAUUAAUUUUGGGUCACUUUUCUUUAUAAUUUUAGCUUGUGCCUCGGCUCUAAUGUUUAAUUAAAGGAAACAUUUGUUCUAUGUUACUUUUGUUCUAUGUAACAUUUGAUCUGUUACAUUUGUUCUAUAUUACAUUAGUUCUAUGUUAUGUGAACAGGCUGUUCAGCGACAACUCCAGUCACUACAAACCCGUGCGCCAUUCCCAUCAAACACAACGACCCUGGAAGCAGCAAUCACUUCGACAAGGUCAAAUUAAAUCAUAAUAUUCAUAUAUGUCUUUAAAGUUUAAAAAAUAUAUAUAUUAAUAUAUAGAAAAUCUAACAGGCAAUGAACCCGAAACGAAAGCAUUUCAACAAGUCAUGUUUUACUCCACAUUUUAUCAACUAAAAUAUCCAAUUAGAACUAUCAUGAACACUGUAGGACUAGCGUGAACACUGUAGCGCUUGCGUGAACACUGUAGGACUAGCAUGAACACUGUAGGACUAGCAUGAUACUAGCAUGAUAAUUGGAUGAUACUAGCAUAAUACUAGUAUGAUAAUAGCAUGAUACUAGCGUGAUACUAGCAUGGUGCUAGCAUGAUAAUAACAUGAUACUAGUAUGAUAAUAGCAUGAUACUAACAUGCUACUAGCUUGACUCUAGCAUGAUAUAGCAGGAUACUGGCAUGAUACUUGCAGGAUAAUAACAUACUAGCAUGAUACUAGCGUGAAACUAGCUUGAUACUAACAUGAUAGUAACAUAAUACUAGAGUGAUACUAGCAUGCUACUAGCAUGAUACUAGCAGAAUACUAGAAUGAUACUAGCAUGAUACUAACAUAAUACUAGCAUGAUACUAGCGUGUUAUAGCAUGACACUAACAUGAUACUAGCAUGAUAUUAGCUUGAUACUAGUAAUAUUCUUGCGUGGUACUAGUAUGAUACUAGCAUGAUACUUGCGGCAUACUUGAAUGAUCUCGUUGACCUGAGUUAACUGACGGUUCGACCAUGUUUUUCUCAGGUUAAGGCAUGGAGCGUCGGAGACAACUUCUUGGACUGGGCUGGACCGGAAUCUGGUCAGGGCGCCUAUCAGGGGCGCCAAUCGGAGGGCACUCCUGCUUUUUGGUCAACAAACGAAAGGUCUAACUCUGGGUACAGUGAUCUGAACACGUAAGCUAAAUUAUCUUUCUAGCUGUGGCAGUAAAAUCUAGACACCCAUCACGUGACAGCUCACCGAAAAUGAUCUGCCCACUCGACAUCCAUCCAGGGACAGUUGUUACACGAUGAUCUGCGAAAUGCCGACGCUAGAAAUGUGGAAUAUUUUAUCUAGUUUCUUUUUUAAAACUGAAUGGACCAAGCUUGUACAGUUCUUGGAGUUGUAUCUCCUCAAAUGUUCGUGUCAAGCAAGUGCCAAUAGGUGCAGGGUGACACUCUUAACUUUACGCUUGAAGGAUGGGUUGGCGAAAUUCUAUUAGUGAAAUAAUUAUAAGAAAAGGUGGUGGGAAAGACACUGCAUCCGCAAGGGUGAACUUAAAGAGCAAAGUGAUACGCUAGUAUGGGACCUUGACACCACAUGGCAUGAAUGAAAUGUUUUCUUUCACCUGGGAAAUCUUUUUCCCAUUGCUACAACCAAUCGCCGUUGACUUACGUUUUCCUCUCUCCCCCCUCCCCAAUUGGCCUAUAUUAGCUCACUUACCAACGAAUGGUCUAGCACAUUCUUCUUGCUGUCCCCAGCAUACAUCAUUUCAGCGACAUUCUAUUUUGUUAUAUUUAUGUUCGUCUUUGUUUGAUCGCCAAAGAAGGCAUCUUGCCGACACCUUCCAAGUUUCGUUUUGUCAUUUUUUAAAGGUUUAUCCAUAUCUUGUUGGACACAUAUCCUUCACGAAAUAACUAGAUGGUAGAUUUUAUAAUCAACUAUUAAGAUCCUGUUGUAGGCAUAUCGUUAAAUUUUUAUUUGUAUAGCACAUUGACAACCAGCGUAUCUUAGUCUCUUGUCUAACAAAGGCUGAAACGGCCAUCAGAGCACAAUAAUGAAACACUUAAACUGCUUAUCAUCUUAAUUCUGACACACUUUGCGAAUAGAGGACCAUACGUUAGACUCAGACCUCCAAAAAACUAAAAUACUAAAUUUUGUAGAUAUUUCCAAAGGCGUUAAAAUGUAUUAUCAAUUUUGUCAAGGAAUCCAUAUCUCUGCGCAAGGAGAUGGCUCUGGAAAAUUAUGUGAAUCCGAUAAACACAAACAGAUGUAUCCAUUGCGUCUUAUUUGGAUUCAUUAUUUAAAUGAUGGAUAGUAGUCUUAAUUAUACACAAGAUAAUGGUCUCAAUUAUACACAAGAUAAUGGUCUUCAUUAUACGCAAAUAGUGGUCUUAAUUAUACACAAGAUAGUUGUCUUAAUUAUACACAAGAUAAUGCUCUUCAUUUUACAGGUCAUUUUUAAAAGGCCUAGAGAAAUAUUAGUUUUCUCGUUUUAAUUGUUUCAAAUGUCCGUAAUCAAAUAGCUUUGUUACAAAUGUUAUUUACGCACGGGUUGAACGCUGAAACAACAAAUGUACCCUACAGACUUUAAAAGAUGUGCUAUUGAUAUCACAAACUACUUGCACCGGAAAGCACUUAUCAUCCUAAUAGAAAUAUGAUUAUUUAUCUCCUUUCACUCAAAGGAAAACAAAUGUUUAGCAUACAUCCAAUGCCAUGUAUUUUUCCCCUUGUUUCUCCCUUCCCCCGAUAGUUUGUCGCUGAUGAUUUUGUUGUUGUUAAAUUUAUUUAAAAAGAAAAUUGAAACCAACUUCAUUGUUUUUGAAAUUUCAGAAUGAGUGACGUCAUAGAAGCACUAUAUACUUUUAUAAUUUUUUUAGUUUUAUUUAUGGCUCUGUUACUAAAUUUAAUACCAAUAUUUUACAGUUUUCAAAAAUUAUUUUCUGUAUAGACAGAAAAACAAUUUAAUGUAUAUAUAUAUUAUCGGCAAAUGUGUGAAAUCCCGCAAAGUAUAAAAUUGUUUUUAUUUCACAAAUUUCCUAGGCAUUCUAUACAAUGCCGAAGAGCAACUCGGCAAUGCAUAUAAUACCCCGCCAUUCAUUUUUGAUUCUCGGCUAGGCCGUGCCCUCCCCUUGACAUUUUGCAAUAAAUUCAGACAGGAAGAACUCGAACAAAUAAUAAAAACGUACAAACAACACAGCAUGAAGAAGCAAUCACCAGAUGCAAGAUACAGAGCCUAUAACACAGAAUACUAAAGAGAGUGAAAACGAUAAUGGAGAAAAUUAAACUGAUGUGAAGGUAUGGUUACCGAAGAUCCUUCUACUUCUGCUGUUUGUUGUGUCUGCUUAAAAGAAAGCAGCGGUGCCCAUACGUGCCGAAGCUGUCAUCGUAAUGUUCAUGUUAUCUGUGGGCAUGCUGCUAACGACGAUGGAGACGAGGAAAUAGAAGGUUAUGGUGUUGGUAUUUUGUGCGGCCUGUAUUCCAAGAUUAAGAGAGCUGUAGAAUUAAGCUAGAAAAGAAUCUAAAUCGAACCUAGAAAUCCAUGCCAGAAAAAUGAAACUAAACUCUUUACGAGCCACUGUGCGAGUUCCUAUUCCUGACAUUCACAAGGGACGGGAUGACUCACGGAAUCUAUCGGCAGUGGUUUGACAGUGACAGAAGACGGCUUUUACCGAUAUGGAACUGCACACGGUAUCUUCAAACAACUGUACUCGAGAUCGCAGUUUCGUUUAUGUCCAAAGGACUUAUUGAGAGUUGAAGACGUCCCUGACCAUGAAAUACAUCUCCGAUCUGCUGCUAUCUCUCAGUCAACAGGAAGCGGCCAAGGAUUCGUCAGGUGUAUGUGCAUGACCAAAUGACAAAACAUGAUGUGCCUGUGUGAAAAAGAAAACUAAUUGCAAUUCAAAGUGCCACUCUAGCCUUACUUGCUGCAUCAAGUAGCUCGAUGCUACCUUUGCUUGCCUUACUUGCUGCAUCAAGUAGCUCGAUGCUACCUUUGCUUGCCUUACUUGCUGCAUCAAGUAGCUCGAUGCUACCUUUGCUUGCCUUACUUGCUGCAUCAAGUAGCUCGAUGCUACCUUUGCUUGCCUUACUUGCUGCAUCAAGUAGCUCGAUGCUACCUUUGCUUGCCUUACUUGCUGCAUCAAGUAGCUCGAUGCUACCUUUGCUUGCCUUACUUGCUGCAUCAAGUAGCUCGAUGCUACCUUUGCUUGCCUUACUUGCUGCAUCAAGUAGCUCGAUGCUACCUUUGCUUGCCUUACUUGCUGCAUCAAGUAGCUCGAUGCUACCUUUGCUUGCCUUACUUGCUGCAUCAAGUAGCUCGAUGCUACCUUUGCUUUCCGGGUUAGUUUUUUAACGGCGUGCUUUCCUUAUUUCAUAUUUCUUCUGUCGUUUUCAAACGUGUUUUUCCAAACAAACAAAAAAAAAAAAAAACGUUUUCAUCAUGCUAUUUUUAAACUUUGCCUGAAGUACAUUUGUCAUUAUGUAUAAUAUCUAGGCAAUGUAUAAAAUGCCUAGGCAAAUUAUGUAACAUAAUCACGAAAAUCAAAUAUUUCAUACUUUGACUAAAUUCUAUACUUUAAAUUCCAUACAAUGCCUGCAUUUCACACACUGCUGGUAACAUAUAUAGAUAUAUUUCCAGAUAUGGCCCGCAUUACUGGGUUGUCGAUAUCAUGGUGGACUGCUCCAAAACAGAGAAGGGAUUUUUCGAGGUCAAGGCUGUUGUAAAUGGUGCCUGGGAAGGUGAUCAGCUGUCCGGGGCAUGUACCGGGCUCGGUGUACAAAGUCCACCGUACGCAUCCAAGAAUCACUUCGCCAGAUGUGGCUACAAGAAUGUCUUCCACUUCAACAGUGGAGUUUGUGAAAUCAAACCUUUGUAAACGAUAAUUUAAUAAAGCUCUACUCGCAAUGUUUGUUCCGUU